UAGCGAUAUGACGUCAUAAGGCUGCGCCGCGCUCCAAGCGUCUGUGACUACUGAAGAAAGGUGAUUUAAGGGCAUUAACUAUGACUGACUCCCUUAACAGUGCACUGACUACUGAACUAGGGAUCUGAUUGAGACGCACCCCAAGAUUCAAGCUGGAUUUAUUUUUCUUUCUGUUAAUUAUUCUGAUCUUAAACAGUAAACAAGUGUCCAAAAACAGAAAAACUCCUGCUGAAGCAACUGAGUUUGAUGUGGCAUGCUAUUAUAAAGAUGGCGUUUAUUAAAGAAGAGAGUGAAGACAUGAAGAUUGAAGAAACAUUCAGAGUCAAACACGAAGAUACUGAGGAACAAAUAAAGAUUGCGUUUAUUAAAGGGGAGAAAGAAGACAUGAAGAUUGAAGAAGCGUUCAGAGUCAAACAAGAUACUGAGGAACAAACAGACCUAAUGGCACUGAAAGAAGAGCGUGAAGAACUGAAUGAAACAGAAGAGAAAGAUCAAAAUGAGAAACAUCAUGACUUCAAAACUGAAGAAAAAUUGAUUAAUUCCUUGCAGACUGAAAAGACUACCUCACGAAAAGAAGCUCAAAAAAUACCAACUACCAACCUUAAUUCCCAUACUGGAGAGAGCUCUUUCACCUGCCAACAGGGUGGACAAAUAUUCAAUCAAAAAGAAAGCCUUAAAGUCCACAUGGAAAUUUGCAAUGAAAAGAAGCCAAUCACAUGCUCCCAGUGUGGAAAGUGUUUUACACAGAAAAAAAACCUUAAUGCCCACAUGAGAAUUCACACUGGAGAGCGACCUUACACCUGCGAACUGUGUGGAAAGAGUUUCAUACGAAAUGGAGGUCUUAAGAUUCACAUGAGAACUCACAGUGAAGAGAAGCCGUUCGAAUGUUGUCAGUGUGGAAAGAGCUUUACACUCAGAAAACUCCUUAAUGCCCACAGGAAAGUUCACACUGGAGAAAAGCCUUUCACCUGCCAACAGUGUGGGAAGAGUUUCGGUUUAAAAGGAAACCUUCAGACUCAUAUGAAAAUUCACACUGGAGAGAAUUUAUUUGAAUGCAUUCAGUGUGGAAAGAAUUUCAUACAGAAAAAGCAACUUCAUUCUCACAUGAGUAUUCACACUGGAGAGAAGCCAUUCAUAUGUGAUCAGUGUGGAAUGGGUUUCAGAUAUAAAGAAAGCCUUAAUUAUCACAUGAGGAUUCAUUCAAGAGAGAACAGUUUUAUAUGUCAUUAGUUUAAAAGAAAGACCUUAAGAAAUGUGUUAAAAUUCACAUUGGAGAGAAACCUUUCAUGUGCAAUCAUUGUGGAUAGAGUUGCUCAAGAGAAGGAAACCUUAAGGAUCACAUGAGCUCACACUGGAGAGAAACAUUUUACAUGCCUUCAGUGUAAAAUUAGGUUCACAUAUCCACCUUAUUUUUGCAGUAAAAUGUGGGGCGGCCAUUUGUAAUUUUUAUGGGACUGGCUUCCUAUUUUUAGCUGUACCUAACAGCUAGUGUAAUACCGUUUCCUUUUCACAUAGACACACAAAUGAAAGACUCUUUUUGUUGGACUCUCUUAGUUAAAGAGUGUGACAAAAAAAAAAAAAACCUGACCGUCACCUUUGGUGUAGUUGCAAAUAUUGGUCAGUUGUGGCAGAUUCCCUCUUAUUUCAGCUAUGUAGAGAGGUCACUGAAUUUCAUGCAUUGAUUCCUCUAAAUCAAAAUAUUAGCCAAACUUCUACCUUUCUGGGAAAUGCAAUGACGUAUCUGGAAUAUUAUAAAUAAUCUGAAGUAAAACU